AUGUCCUCCUUCACGGGGCAGCCCAGCGUCAAGGGCAGGACUGAGUCCAUUCGCAUGAUGUUAUUAUGUGCUAUCCAUUUCGGCAUCACAUUUACAUGGGGAGUCGAGAUGACAUAUUGCACGCCAUAUCUUCUGAACCUCGGGCUGACAAAGAGCCAAACAUCGGUGGUGUGGAUUGCAGGGCCACUAAGCGGCAUCAUCACGCAACCAAUUGUCGGCGUUCUGGCGGAUUCCAACAAGUCAAGAUGGGGACGGAGGAGGCCGUACAUCUUCGUCGCAACGAUCAUCGUCUCCGCAUCACUUUUGGUACUGGGGUGGACAAGGGAGAUCGUUGCAUGGCUGCUUCCCAUCGAGAGUGACUUCAAAAGGAAGUUUACCGUCUUCUUGGCCGUGCUGGCUCUGUAUGUAACAGACUUUGCCAUCAACGCAGUCAUGUCGUGCUCAAGAAGUCUUCUGGUAGACACUCUUCCCAUCUCCAAGCAACAGACUGGUGCUGCUUGGGGAGGGAGGAUGGGCUCCUUCGGACAUAUCGUGGGAUAUGCGGUCGGAGCCAUUGACCUGCCCGGGACCUUUGGCCCACGCCUCGGCGACACACAAUUCAAGCAGCUCACCCUGAUCGCCUCGAUGAGCAUGCUCUUCACCGCGGGGGUGACCUGCUGGGCAGUGACGGAGAGGGUGCUCGUCUCCGUGCGGCAGGACCCCAGCAGCUCGUCCGAGGGCCGCUUCAAGGUCAUCCGCCAGAUCUGGUCGACCCUGAUUGACCUCCCGCCACGGAUCCAGAUCAUCUGCUGGUCCAUGUUCUGGGCCUGGAUCGGCUGGUUCCCCUUCCACUUCUACGGGAGCACCUGGGUCGGCGAGACCUACUUCCGCUACGACGCCCCCGCGUCCGCAACCGCAGCGGGCAGCACGGCCGCACCAUCCGACGCCCUUGGUGACAUGGGCAGGAUUGGCAGCUACACCCUCACCAUCUACUCCUUCAUGACCUUCGCCGGCGCCUGGCUCCUGCCGCUGGUCGUGCGCGCCCCCGAGGACGAGAAAUUCACCGCGCGCCCGCCCGAGAGCAUUGCGCAUCUGGUGGAGGGCUUCAGCAAGAUGAAGCCGGACCUGCUCACCGUCUGGCAGGUGGGACACGUCAUGUUCGCGUGUGCCAUGUUUCUAGCUCCCUUCGCGAAGAGCUUCCGGUUCGCCUCCGCUCUUGUUGUCUUCUGUGGAAUACCAUGGAGUAUAGUGUCCUGGGCACCAACAGCGACGAUGGGCAUGGAAGUCAACAAGCUAAGCACCGCCGACAUGAACACCUCAUACCGGCGCCUCUCCGACCCCGACGCUGUCCAGCUCUCGACGAUCAAUCUCGAACAUGGCCCCCACGAAGAGGGCGCCGAAGGCAGCAGCGGGAGCACAGGAGAGCUGUCUGGCAUCUACUUUGGCAUCCUGAACAUCUACCAAACAAUCCCGCAGUUCAUAGGAUCCUUCAUCAGCACCGUCGUCUUCAGCAUCCUCGAGCCGGGCAAGAGCCCCGAGCUGGCGGCCGACGCCCACCCCAGCGAGCAUCACCCCACCUCCGGGCCCAACGCCAUCUCGGUCUGCCUCUUCAUCGGGGCCAUCGCCGCGUGCGCGUCCUUCGUGGCCACGAGGAAGCUAAAGCACACGCCCUGA